UAAAGGUCUCUGGCGUCGGGGCCGUGAAGACCGCGCGCACGCAAAUUACACAUUGUCCGCUCGCCAUAAUUACCAUCUCUGGCCAUAUGGUUACAACAUACGAAUUGAUAACCUAACAAAUUUAAAAUAAUGUGAAUUGAAUUACAAGUGUUAAAUGUUGGUUUGUUUCUUGUUUGUUUUUGUUUAGAGGGGUGUGAAAAUGCCGCUCGUCCUAAUCGGGAUUAUAGCGGCGGCGGCGCUCGGCCUCUGUGCCGGCGACGUGUCGCACCUGGCACAAACUCAACACGGAGGCGGUUUUAAUGAAGCAGCGCGAGCCAUUAACACGCUUGCAGCUGUUGAACAGCCCAACGAACCAUUUUGGUGGAUGGAUCGAGACAGUCCAUUAGGUCGUGCCACAGCGGACUACCAUCACGGUGCCGCCUCCGCCAAGUCACACUCGCUUGCUGCCAAUCCGUUCCUCAACGGACAAGUGCACGUCUCCGACGUACCAUCGUCACAUGGACCACAGAAACUGGACCUCUCCAAUAAUCCCUUCUUUAACGGUGGUAUAUCUGGUGGCUUGCAUGCUGGCAACGGCGACCUGAUACAUGACGACGGCGGCGGCUUUCUUGGGGUGCAGCCGACGCGCGUUCUCCAAAGCACUAAUACGCAUGUGUCUUCAGGGGCCGACAAAACUGAGUGCCGCGGUGAUGGCUACAUUUGCGUGAGGCGCUCUGAGUGCCGCGACGGCGUCAUCAACAACGACGGUUUUGGGCUGAUCCAGGUGCGCAGUCAGGUGUCCUUGUGCAACGCCAAGACCGAGGUGUGUUGCAGGUACAAGGAUCACGAAUUCGUCACCGGUGGCAAGUCCUCUGUGCACAAAGCGCCAGUACUAGACGUUACAAAUUUGGGCGAGACAGGCGCCGACCUCAACCGACUCGGGGGCAGUAGCGGUAGCAGUACUUCGAAGCCUACGAGAGACGCGCCUUUUGUCGGAAGUACAAUUGACUACAGCAAUACCCACUUUGGUGAUGACGUCAGAUUUGCAUCCACCAUUAGAGGACCUGCAUACCUUCCACCUGUGGAUGCCACCAAGCCUCCAGUUACGCAACCACCAGUGAUUGAACCACCCAGUUGCCGACCUAAUGAAUACCUCGCUGGAGGAAGAUGUGUCCCAAGGCCCACACCACCACCUCCAAUAACUUGUGCAUACGGUGAACAAUUAAUUAAUGGACGGUGUGUACCAAGACCAACCCCUCCCCCACCACCAAGAUGUCUUCCUAAUGAAUACCUGGCAAAUGGACAAUGUGUGGCUAGGCCAACACCACCACCACCACCAAGGUGUAACUUCAACGAACAACUGGUCAAUGGAAGGUGCGUUCCAAAACCAACUCCUCCGCCACCUGUUACACAACCUACAUACUUGCCUCCGUCACCAACCUGCGGUCCAAAUGAGUUCUUCCAAAAUGGACGUUGUGUUUCACGGCCUACACAACCACCACCACCAAUUACUUGCCCUCCAGGUCAACAACUCAUUGGGGGUAGAUGUCAAUGUGCUGGAAACACCAUCUUGCAAAACGGACGCUGUGUAUCACCUCCUCCGCCACCCCCAAGUUGUGCAUACAACGAGCAACUUAUUAAUGGACGUUGUGUGCCCAAAGCAACACCCCCACCACCGCCACCAAGUUGUGCAUACAAUGAGCAAUUAAUUAAUGGACGUUGUGUACCAAGACCUACACCUCCCCCACCGCCACCAAGUUGUGCGUACAACGAACAGCUUGUAAAUGGACGUUGUGUACCCCGACCGACUCCUCCACCACCACCCCCAAGCUGUGGCUACAAUGAGCAAUUAAUUAAUGGACGUUGUGUACCGAAACCAACACCACCACCGCCCCCAAGUUGUGGAUUCAAUGAGCAACUUGUUAAUGGACGUUGUGUACCAAGACCUACACCUCCCCCACCACCACCAAGUUGUGCGUACAACGAACAGCUUAUAAAUGGACGUUGUGUACCCCGACCGACUCCUCCACCACCACCCCCAAGCUGUGGCUACAAUGAGCAAUUAAUUAAUGGACGCUGUGUACCAAAACCAACACCGCCACCACAGCCAAGCUGUGCUUACAAUGAACAACUUAUUAAUGGACGUUGCGUGCCACGUGCGACACCACCACCGCCUACUACUAGUAAACCUACUUAUCUUCCUCCUGCUACCAGUUGUGGGCCAAAUCAGUAUGAGCAAAAUGGACAGUGCUUUACUCGGCCUACGGCUCCACCUCCGCCGCCACCACCAAGGUGUAAUUAUAACGAAGAGCUGGUGAAUGGUAGAUGCAUUCCUAAACCAACACCACGCCCACCACCACCACCCCCACCAAGUUGUGGAUACAAUGAGCAAUUGGUGAAUGGAAGAUGUGUACCUAAACCACCACCACCACCACCACCCCCAAGUUGUAGUUACAACGAACAAUUGGUCAACGGUAGAUGUGUGCCGAAACCUACCCCACCACCACCUACUCCGCGUUGCCAAGGAGGUCAACAGCUUGUCGGCGGCGUGUGCCAAUGCGUUGGUAACACUGUGUAUCAGAAUGGCCGCUGUAUUACGCCAACUGAAGAAACACGCAACCCUUGCACUGGUAGCCAGUUCCUUCAGAACGGACAGUGCGUCUCAUGCCGACCUAACGAGUUUCUACAGAACGGCCGUUGCGUGCCGCGUGCCACACCACCUCCACCCACUACGCCUAGCGCCUAUUUACCACCUGUGACGUGUGGAUAUGAUCAGAUACUGCAGGGAGGAAGGUGUGUGCAGCGUCCAACGACAGCCCCGCCGCUCAUCUGUACAGGUAAUACCUAUCUCCAAAACGGUGUCUGUGUUCCACGCCCCACCACGCCGCCGGUGCGUCCCACAACCGCUCCGGGUUACGUUUACCCCAAACCAACGCCUACCUUCAGUCUCCCGACCAUCGAUGGUGCGGACACAUCCGUAAACAACAUCUACGUGCGAACCUCAACAACUACGGAAAAGGCAGACAAUGUACCCUCUGGUGACAACAAUAACCCUACUAUUAUCCGUCCACGUCCACCUUCUUCUGAUCCAGUGCUGCCCGGAUGUGCCGCCGCACUCAAGUGUGUUCAAGAGAUUUACUGCACAGCUGAAGGAUUUGUCUCGCCUGUGCCGGUAGUAUUCACCAAGGAACAGGAAUUCUCUCGUGUACCUUUAACGGAUUGCGCUGAUCAAGAAGCUGGAAUUGUUGGCAAGUGCUGCCGCGACGCUGACUACAAGGACCCAUGGCCCUCUGCGAAUCUUGUCAAUGGAAUUGAUAAUGGGCAAUAUCGCGAAGAUCCUAGUCUAGGCCAAUACACAGCUGAUGUGCGAAACAAUCGCUUGACUCGCUCAAACGCUGUACAAGAACAGGCACAGGUUUUUCAACCUCAGCAACCACAAUGUGGAACGAGACAUUUUGACGCGCAGCCACGCGGACCUGGAGCUCUCGAUGCAAACUUUGCUGAAAUACCAUGGCAAGCGAUGAUUCUUCGUGACUCCAACCGCAGUUUGCUUUGCGGAGGUGCCAUUAUUAGGAAAAAUGCCGUCAUCACAUCAGCACACUGCGUUGAAGGCUUGGAAGCCAGCGACGUGCUCAUCAAAGGCGGCGAAUGGAAACUUGGAAUUGAUGAGGAACCACUGCCUUUCCAGAUUGUCAAGGUACGCCGAAUUGUCGUGCACCCGCUCUACAAUCGGGAGAGCCUUCAACACGACGUUGCUAUCUUGCAACUGGAAGAAAAACUGCGUUUUACGAAAAAUAUUGGAAGUAUUUGCUUGCCCGCACCUGGUCAGCAACCCACCGGGCGGUGUAUCGUUACUGGUUGGGGCAAAAAAGUUCUUCAGAUUCACCUGAAGGACGCAAUUAUGCGCACAAUCGACGUAGACCUCGUUAAUCAAAACGAAUGCAGCGCUAGUAUGCAGACCAACUUCCCUGAUUUAGUCAACCGCUUGGGUGCGGAAACUUAUUGCGCCGCCUCCAAGGCCGAUCAAUGUAAAGUCGACCAUGGUUCGGCUCUGGCGUGCACCGAUGAUGGCGAACACUAUACACUACAUGGUGUCUUCAGUUGGGAUACCGGCUGCAAGGACGAGCGCCAGUUGGGCGCUUAUGUGCAACCGGACCUCGAAUGGAUCGAGGCUGCGCUGACGCCUAAGGGACGUCGCUAUUAAAGGCGACCGUGCGCCCAGUCUUAGCAUGUACAUAAUUUUAGUCUACGCCCCAACAAAACGAGCAGCGCGCACAACUGCCAUAUCAACUUUCGCUCACACGUAUGAUCGACGACUUCUCAUCAGUCCAGUGUCUUGCUGAGCUUUAUCUAGCAUUAUCUACGUAACAAUUAUUAUCAGAGCGCAAAGCGCACACCUUGUAAAUUGUUUAAACAAAUGUUAUUAAAAUUCUUGUAUUAUUAACGCGCGUCGGUGAUGCGCUUGCGCAACGCCAGCCCGACACUUUGUUGUCAAUUAUUUUUUAAUAAAAAAUGUAUACCAAAAA